AGGCUCAGGAACCCGCCCUGGGUGGGGAGGGGGCAGAGGGAUCAAGAUCAAAACUGAAGCCACCACAGCUGCGUUGGAGACAGAGCUCCGGGGAGCCACAGGAGGAAUCUCUGGCCACCCAGCCUCGUUCUUCUCCCGAAGACUAGGCCGGCACCCCGCAUGAUGAGCAGACCACCGCUCUAUUCCGAACCCAGUCCGGUAUUCGUGGCCGGGAAGGAUGAGAUCACAGGUGACGAAUACAAUGGUGUCCUCAGGGUGGAAAUGAGUUGUGGACAUGCCGUGGACCCUGGAAGUUUAACAAGCUGGUGCAGGAGUCUAUUAGAUCAGGGCUACACCACGUUUCACUGCCCGGCCGUCGAAGGUGUAACGAAAUGUGGAGCUCAGUGGCCUUAUACAGAAGUUCGCCGUCACGCUUCACUGAAUGAGGAAGAACAGCACAACUUUGAGCAAAAACUUGCCAUCACUGCUGCUCAGAAGUACUGUGAUUUCAAACAGUGCCCCGGCUGCAAGAGCUUAGUGGAACGGAAAGACUUGACUAACCUGAGAGUACUGUGUACCAUCUGCCAAGUGAGGCGGGGGAAGACGUUUGAGUUCUGCUGGCAGUGCCUGAAGCCGUGGACAGGAGCGGGGACUCCGUCCGACAAGUGCGCCGAUCCGGGAUGCCGGAACGUAAAGGUGGACACCUUAGCUAAUUGUUCCCUGAAGGAUCUGCCGGGAAGUGAGAUCAAAAACUGCCCGUCCAUCCGGGCCUGUCCGACGUGCGGGCAGCUCAUCGAGCAUUUGGAAAAGUGCAAGUACGUCCUAUGCAGUCAGUGUCAGGUCGAAUUUUGCUUUGCUUGUCUCGAUUUGGCUCCCGCUUGCCGAGCCAGCAAAGCCGGAGCCUGGUUUAAAUACUGCGCUAAACCACUGGCUCCUCGGCAAACGAAAAUUCCCGUGUGGAGCCAAAGGAAUCGGCAGAAAUCCCCGUAACUGACUUGGAGCCCAAGUCCCAGAGAUUAGAAAUCCAGCAGGCAGUAAGGAUAGGACAGGUAGAAGCUUGACUUUAGGCAACCCGAGCAGUCAUUUGGAAAGUGUAGUAUGGUGCUCUGCUAAUAGUGUGCGCUCGAGAAAUACAACUGAUUGAUUGAACUUGCAUGACGCCUCCAUCUUUCUGCUAAAUAUCACAAUACUUAUAGCUUCAUUAUCCUUAGGUGAUAAUCAAUGGCAAUUACAGUGUGCCGAGCACUGUUCUAAGCUCUUGGGAGAGUACAGUAAAUCAGAGAGGGUAGACGAUUACGACAAAUUUACAGUCUAGGUAGCACUAGACAGGAGAUUCUCGUGACAGAGGCUGCCCUGGGAGAUAACCAGAUGACACAUGGGAAAGCCCGUAAGGGAUAGAUAAUUCAGGUGAUGGUUGAUAGGUGAUCCUUGUUCAUCUUAGCUAUGGAGAGGUAGGUAGAUGAGUGAAAAUUAAGAGAGAUGGAUGAAAAUUCCUUUAGAAACUGACUUCUUAAAAAUCCACCCCGUGAUCUGAAGUAUCCAGAACUAUUUAAACAGAGCAAAUCAGUCAGAUAAUUGCUCAUUUCCUCACUUCUCCCCCAAUAGAUAGUAAGCUCCCAUAGAGCAGAAGUCGUGUCUACUUAUUCUUUAAUAUUCUCCCAAGUGAUCGAUACAGCUUUCGGCAGAGGAUAAAUGAUCUAUAAAUAUUUUUGAUUGAUUGAUUGAUCAUUUCUACCAACUCCAUUGUAUGGUACUCUCCCAAGUACAAAGUCCAGUCCUCUAGACUGUAAGUUCAUUGUCGGGCAGGGAACAUGUUUACCAACUCUGUUUUAUUGUACUCUUCCAUGCACUUUGCACACAGUCUAAAUAAAUGCGACAUUGAUUCUCUACACCAUUUUGCGCUUAAUAAAUACCACUGAUUAAUUGUGUAUUCCCAGCGUGGAGUUCAAGCAAACCAAUAAAGCUAUUGGGGUGAAAAAAGUCCCAGA